GCCACGUUUUCCGAACGAUGGCAGACUCCUUGCAUAUUGAAAAUGCCUAUUAGCUUGCUGGUGAGACAAUCUAUAAACAUCCGGCUGCUUGAACCCAUUCCAGAAAUAUUUCCACAUAUUUCAUAUGCUGAAUUUUCUAGGAAAUCAACCGCAUGGUUGCUCAUGCCACAAAUUCAAACCCACAAGAUGGUGAACGCCAAAACCAGAUGAAUGGAUCAAAGGCAAAGGCAACUUCAAAUUCAUCCCAGCUUAUCAUGUUGUCCUGCGCCUGGCAGAUCAUAGAUGUUGUGCUUAGCAAGAGGUGGGGCACAUCUGGUUUUUUAAAAGAUACAACAGCUUGGUGUAGAAUUCAAUUUGGUAGAUCUACGUUUCUGACAACACUUGAAAAUUGAUGACAAUCUGGGGAGUAAUUCGGACAUUUGACAUCAAUGAGCUGAGUUGCAGUUCUAUUUAUUAGUAGACGGUCAUUAAUCAGACACAACUUCUCAUAUGAGUUUAUUCUCGUGGGUCACGAAAAUGAAUUAUUAAGAUUCCAAAAUCUUGUGAUUCACUUUCACGAAAUACAGCUAGAAGCCCUCUGCAUUCUGAGCAGGGUUGUUCGAGCUCUUGAUAAAUCAUUCUUUAUGUUGAAAUUUCAGGUCGCAUUGAUUUGAAUGAUAGAAAUAUUAUGGAGCCUCCAGGAAUUAGUUUUUUGAAGCAUUACAGGUGUUUCAAUCCCACAAUCAAGGUCUAUCAGAGCUCUGUGUUGAUAAUCAUAUUCAUUGCAUACGCUUGUUUCCAUGCCUCGAGGAAACCCAUCAGCAUUGCAAAAGGGGUGUUGAAAAGUGGGUGGAAGCCCUUUGAUGGAAGUACUGCAACUGCCAGGUUGGGGGAGAUCGAUGUGUCAUUUCUUUUAGUUUAUUCUAUAGGGAUGUUUUUUGCUGGGCAUGUUGGAGACAUGGUCGAUCUUCGCAUUUUUCUUACUGUGGGUAUGAUUGGGAGUGGGACUUUUGUGGCCAUGUUUGGGAUGGGAUAUUGGUUCAACAUCCACAGUUUCUGUUUCUUUUACUAUUUGUGUAUGCAAGUGGUGCAAGGGCUGUUCCAAGCCACAGGUUGGCCCUCUGUUGUUGCCAUUGUUGGUAAUUGGUUUGGCAAGGGCAAGAGAGGCUUCAUCAUGGACAUCUGGAAUGCUCACACUUUAAUUGGAAAUAUAUGUGGCUCCCUUAUUGCUGUAGUUGUCUUGCAAUAUGGAUGGGAAUGGUCUUUCCUUCUUCCUGGAAUUCUAGUGGCAGUGGCAGGCAUCAUUGUUUAUUUGUUUUUGGUUGUGAACCCUGAGGAUGUUGUGGAUGAGGUUCGUUCUGAAAGGAUAAAUUUGGAAGAUCAGAGUCUACUCAAAUGCGGGGAAGCUGGAUUGUUAAAGGAAACACUGCCUCCCACAGAAUCUCACAGAGGCCCGGUAAAAGUCUUCAUUGAAUUAUCCAAAACAGGAACUUCUUGUGACAACAUGAAUGGGGCGAUAGAUCCAUCAAAAGCAGAGAUCCAUGGUGAUAGUGGCGAUGGAAAACAUGACAUAGAAGAAUCCACAGUGGAAGGUGAGGAAGAGGGGCUCCUUCGAUCUUGCACGACUGCCCAAAUUCAUUCAACUGCCACUGAUGUCGUUGGUUUCGUUGAAGCAUGGAUGAUUCCGGGUGUCGCAUCCUAUGCAUUAUGUCUUUUCUUCUCGAAGCUGGUGGCUUAUAAAUUUUUAUAUUGGCUACCUUUCUACAUUAAGCAUUCAGGUAGAGCUAACCUCGUUGGACUCUGGUGUCUAAUUUAACCAUUUUUUACUCCGAAACAAUCCAGUUUAAGUGUUCAUUAUUUAGGAGCCGUAAGUUAUUAGUAAUCUUGACAUAUAUCUACAAAUAAUAUUAGAUAAAAAAAUUAUUGUUUGAGUGCA